UCAGCAGCAUGGAUCUGAGUGAGUACAGAGAGGAGGGAGUCCCUCCCUCUAAAAGCUCUCGGUGUGGGGAACAUGACAGCCAGACCAAAGCUCAGAGAAGAACAAGGAGGCAGCACAGACCAGACUCUGCUGGACCUGAACCUGAACCUGAACCCAGCUGUGUGUCCUUCAAGAGCAACUGGUCAAAGGAGGAUUUUAUUAACUUUAAACAAAGACACUCAUCUGAUCAACAGAGGAAGCCGGACCAACCUGAACCCAGCUGUGUGUCUAUGAAGAGUGAUCGGUCUAUGGAUUAUCCUUAUAACUUCAAAAAUGGACGGCACUCUGAUGAUCAAGGAGUGGACCAGGAGAGCUCAGAGGUUCCCAGUGGUCAGUCUGACCAGAAGCAUCAAACACACCUGGACUCCAUAUUUAUGCUGCUGGAGGAGAACAUCGUCACUUUUGUGAAGAACGAGCUGAAGAAGAUGCGGAAGCUUCUGAGUCUAGAUGACCCAGAAUGCUUAGAGAGUCAGAGUGAGGAUGGUGAGGUGUUGGACGGUGAGGAGGAAGAGCAGAGGAGGAAGAGCAGAGAGGCAUUUCUGAAGAUCACACUGCACUUCCUGAGGAGAAUGAAGCAGGAGGAGCUGGCUGACUGUCUGCUGAGCAGAACUUAUGCAGCAGAGUGUCGACAUAAACUUAAGUCUAACCUGCAGAAUAAGUUUGAAUGUCUGUUUGAGGGGAUCGCUAAAGCAGGAAACCCAACCCUUCUGAAUCAGAUCUACACACCGCUCUACAUCACAGAGGGAGGGACUGCAGAGGUCAAUGAUGAACAUGAGAUCACACAGAUUGAAACAGCAUCCAGGAAAUCAGACAGACCAGAAACAACAAUCAGACAAGAAGACAUCUUUAAAGCCUCACCUGGAAGAGAUGAACCAAUCAGAACAGUGAUGACAAAGGGAGUGGCUGGCAUUGGGAAAACAGUCUUAACACAGAAGUUCACUCUGGACUGGGCUGAAGACAAAGCCAACCAGGACAUACACUUCACAUUUCCAUUCACUUUCAGAGAGCUGAAUGUGGUGAAAGAGAAAAAGUACAGCUUGGUGGAACUUGUUCAUCACUUCUUUACUGAAACCAAAGAAGCAGGAAUCUGCAGGUUUGAAGAAUUCCAGGUUGUGUUCAUCUUUGACGGUCUGGAUGAGUGUCGACUCCCUCUGGACUUCCACAACAAUGAGAUCCUGACUGAUGUUACAGAGUGCACCUCAGUGGAUGUGCUGCUGACAAACCUCAUCAGGGGGAAACUGCUUCCCUCUGCUCGCCUCUGGAUAACCACACGACCUGCAGCAGCCAAUCAGAUCCCUCCUGAGUGUGUCGACAUGGUGACAGAGGUCAGAGGGUUCACUGACCCACAGAAGGAGGAGUACUUCAGGAAGAGAUUCAGAGAUAAGAAGCAGGCCAGCACCAUCAUCUCCCACAUCAAGACAUCACAAAGCCUCCACAUCAUGUGCCACAUCCCAGUCUUCUGCUGGAUCACUGCUACAGUUCUGGAGGAUGUGUUGAAAAGCAGAGAGGGAGGAGAGCUGCCCAAGACCCUGACUGAGAUGUACAUCCACUUCCUGGUGGUUCAGGCCAAACUGAAGAACGUCAAGUAUGAUGGAGGAGCUGAGACAGAUCCACACUGGAGUCCAGAGAACAGGAAGAUGAUUGAGUCUCUGGGAAAACUGGCUUUUGAGCAGCUGCAGAAAGGAAACCUGAUCUUCUAUGAAACAGACCUGACAGAGUGUGGCAUCGAUAUCAGAGCAGCCUCAGUGUACUCAGGAGUGUUCACAGAGGUCUUUAAAAAGGAGAGCGGUCUGUACCAGGACAAGGUGUUCUGCUUCGUCCAUUUGAGUGUUCAGGAGUUUCUGGCUGCUCUUCAUAUCCAUCUGACAUUCAUCAAAUAUGGAUUUAAUCUGCUGGCCGGAGAACCAACAUCCUGGUGGUCUGAAGUGUUUGGAGGCAAAUCAACACCGUUCUAUCCGUGUGCUGUGGACGAGGCCUUAAAGAGUCCAAAUGGACACCUGGACUUGUUCCUCCGCUUCCUCCUGGGUCUUUCACUGCAGACCAAUCAGACUCUCCUACGAGGUCUGCUGACACACACAGGAAGUAGCUCACAGACCAAUCAGGAAACAGUUGAGUACAUCAAGAAGAAGAUCAGUGAGAAUGUGUCUGCAGAGAGAAGCAUCAAUCUGUUCCACUGUCUGAAUGAACUGAAUGAUCGUUCUCUAGUGGAGGAGAUCCAACAGUACCUGAGAUCAGGAAGACUCUCCACAGUUAAACUGUCUCCUGCUCAGUGGUCAGCUCUGGUCUUCAUCUUACUGUCAUCAGGAAAAGAUCUGGAUGUGUUUGACCUGAAGAAAUACUCUGCUUCAGAGGAAGCUCUUCUGAGGCUGCUGCCAGUGGUCAAAGUCUCCAACAAAGCUGUAAGUAUACAGAUAAUUGACUUCAUUCAUUAUUAUUUAAAUAUGCUGCUGUCUUUGAAACAGGAAAUAUGGUACCUGUUAUUUUUUUCUCUCUAUUGUCUUUCCAGACUCAGUGGCUGUAACCUCUCAGAGAGAAGCUGUGCAGCUCUGUCCUCAGUUCUCAGCUCCCAGUCCUCUAGUCUGAGAGAUCUGGACCUGAGUAACAACAACCUGCAGGAUUCAGGAGUGAAUCAGCUGUCUGCUGGACUAAAGAGUCCACACUGUGAAUUGGAAACUCUCAGCCUGUCAGGAUGUCUGAUCACAGAGGAAGGCUGUGCUUCUCUGGCCUCAGCUCUGAGCGACAACCCCUCCCAUCUGAGAGAGCUGGAUCUGAGCUACAAUCAUCCAGGAGACUCAGGAGAGAAGAUCCUGUCUGCUGGACUGGAGGAUCCACACUGGAGACUGGACACUCUCAGCCUGCAGCCUGCUGGAGUCCGAUGGUUGACACCAGGUCUGAGGAAGUAUUUCUGUGAAUUCACACUGGAUCCAAACACAGCAAACAGAAACCUCAAACUGUCUGAUAAUAACAAGGAGGUGACACAUGUGUCAGAGGAUCAGUCAUAUCCUGAUCAUCCAGACAGAUUUGACUGCAGUCCUCAGCUGCUGUGUGGAGACGAUCUGACUGGUCGCUGUUACUGGGAGGUUGAGUGGAGAGGAGACGUUUAUGUAUCAGUGAGUUACAGAGGAAUCAACAGGAGAGGAGACAGUGAUGACAGCAGGUUUGGGUUUAAUAAUCAGUCCUGGUGUCUGCAAUGCUGUGAUAAUGGCUACUCCGUCUGGCACAACAAGAAGGAAAUGGUUAUCUCCUCCUCCUCCUCCUCCUCCUCCUCCUCUGUCUCUAACAGAGUAGCAGUGUAUGUGGACUGUCCUGCUGGCACUUUGUCCUUCUACAGAGUCUCCUCUGACACACUGAUCCACCUCCACACCUUCAAUACCACAUUCACUGAACCUCUGUAUGCUGGGUUUGGGUUUGUGUUCAGGAUGAGCUCCGUGUUCGGUUCUAUGUCUCUGCUACGUUUCAUGACAUUGGCUGAAUCCUCAGUGUCUCUGUGUUCUCUGUAG